AUGAGCCGGCUGUGGCUGGGCCUGGCCUGGCUGCUGCUGGGCGCCGCGGGGACCCCGGGCCGCUACCCGCACCUGGAGGGCGACGUGCGCUGGCGGCGCCUCUUCUCAUCCACGCACUUCUUCCUGCGCGUGGACCCAGGCGGGCGCGUGCAGGGCACCCGCUGGCGGCACGGCCGGGACAGUGUUGUUGAGAUCCGUUCUGUCCGAGUGGGCACAGUGGUGCUCAAGGCUGUGCACACAGGCUUCUACGUGGCCAUGAACCGCCGGGGCCGCCUCUAUGGGUCGCGCAUCUACACAGUGGACUGCAGGUUCCGGGAACGCAUAGAGGAGAAUGGCUACAACACCUAUGCCUCAAGGCGCUGGCGCCACCAAGGCAGGCCCAUGUUCCUGGCACUGGAUGGCAGUGGGACUCCCCGCCGAGGUGGAAAGACACGGCGGCAUCACCUGUCCACCCACUUUCUUCCAGUGCUGGUGUCCUGAGUCCCCACAAGGGAGAGGGGCUGAAGUUGGAAGCCCUGGUUGCCCAUCUGCCCUUAUAUGCAUUCUCAUUCUAAGUAUCAACCAGGUACCUGUUGGGUGCCAGGAAUAAGGACACAGCAGGGUUCCCCACAGGCAAAGCUGACUUUCAGGGUGCCCAGCAAUUUGUGGGAUGCAAUGACCUGGCUGGUCAUGGUCCAGGCUGCAUGAAGGCUGCAGCACGUAUUAAGAGGCUCGGGGUUGGGGACACGUGGAGUGGAUAAGGAAGCAGGAACUGGGAGGGACAGUUCACACAGGGCCCAGGAUUGGGGGGGGGCAAUGACACAGAAGCAUCAUCAGCCAGAGACAUCCUCGUCCCCGCUACCCAAGGACACCACCUACUGUGGCAGAAGAUGUCCCCUGCAGAUGGGCUUGAGCUGGGAACCAUAGUGGUCACCUGUAGCCGUCAGCAGAGUGCUCCUGGGAGGGAGAUAGGAAGGUCAAAGGCAUUCUUAAGAGAGGGGCCACAAGCUGAGGGACACAGGGCCUCUGUAACAGGGGGUUCCCUGGCAGAGGAGGCCUGUAUGAGAUCCUGACCC